GGCUCAGGUGCCAGCUGUACGCACCCCGGCAGGGCCUCCAUGCCUCAGCUGCACUGAGAAGAGCCUCAGAGGAGCAGAGGAAGGAACCACCACCAUCCUCCUCACAGCAGCAGUUUGACCCACAACAAGCAGACCCCCGCCCGGAGCAGGAAGCGUGGGACCCGCCCCCCAGUUACACUGGCCAGGGCGGCCAGGAGUCAGAGGACUAUGAGAGCGAGGAGCAGCUGCAGCAUCGAAUCCUCACAGCAGCGCUGGAGUUUGUGCCUGAACAUGGCUGGACGGCAGAAGCCAUUGCAGAGGGAGCCAAGACCCUGGGUCUCUCUGCUGCUGCUGCGGGGAUGUUUCAGAGCGACGGCAGUGAGCUGAUCCUGCACUUUGUGUCUCAGUGCAACACCAAGCUGUCUGACCUGCUGGAGCAGGAACAAAAACUAGUACAGCAGGGCGAGGCAGAGAAGAAGCCUACUAAUCAGUUCCUGAGAGAUGCUGUGGAAGCCAGGCUGAGGAUGGUGAUUCCAUACAUUGAGAAAUGGCCGCAGGCUGUCAGCAUCCUGUUGCUCCCACACAACAUCCCUUCGAGCCUCAACCUCCUCACCAGCAUGAUUGAUGAUAUAUGGCACUAUGCUGGAGACCAGUCCACAGACUUUAACUGGUACACUCGUCGGGCCGUGCUCACUGGCAUCUACAACACCACCGAACUGGUGAUGAUGCAGGAUACGUCCCCUGACUUUGAAGACACAUGGCGUUUCCUCGAAAACAGAGUAGCUGAUGCCAUGAACAUGAGCAGUGCAGCUCAGCAGGUACAGUCAACUGGCAAAGCACUUGCCCAGGGCCUGAUGGGAGCUGCAGUUACUAUCAGCAACCUGACAGGGCUGAACCAGCGCCGCUGAGGACGGAGCCCUGCACCCCGGAGCCCGCGGAGCCGCACCGGAGCGAGGACAGGCGUCCUUCCCCCGCAGCACCAAUAAAGCCCCGUGCUGUCACCGC